UGUUAUAUAUAUAAAAUGUUAUAUAUAUAUAUAUAUAUAUAUAUUGAGGUUAUUGAGAUAAAAAUUUAAUAUUAUAAAUUUUAUAAAACAAAUUUCAUUUUAUAAUAAUUCUAUUAUUAAAAAAAAGAUAAUAAUUGAUUUUUUUAUAAAAUUAAAUAUUUAUAUUUUAAUAUUAUAAAAAUAGUUUAAUAUUCAAUUAAAUCAAAAUUAUUUUUAAUAUGUUUUAUAAAUUUGGAAAUUCGAUUAUAUAUAUAUAUAUAUAUAUAGAGAGAGAGAGAGAGAGAGAGAAAGAGAAAGAAAUGUUUAUAUAUUUAUAGAUAAUAAUAAAUAAAAAUAUAAUAUAUAUAUUACAUACUUUUUUAUAUAUUUAAUUACAUAUAUAUAUAUGAAAGAAACAUCAGAUAUGAUGAUAACGAAAUUAAAUAUAUUUUUUAUUUUUACGGAUAUUUUAUUAAAAUCAAUUUAAUUUAGAAUUUUGUAGGAAAGAAAAAAUAAAACUAUAAAUUCACUUAUGUUUAUAUGUAAUUAUAAUAUAAUUGUAUAUGCAGUAAUAUGCAUAUAUUUUUUAAUUUGCAAAGUUUACUACGAUAAAAAUCUCUUUUAUAUAUUAAAAAUUUCAUAAUUUUUUUUUAUUAUCAAUACUAUUAUUAAAAAAAUUACAAUAUAAAAUAAAUUUCUGUGUAGAAAAAUUUAAUAUUUAGAGGAAACAAUAUUUAAGAAGAAAUAUACACCGCCAUCUAUUUUAUACACUAUAUCGACAUAUCAAAAUGCUUAAAGAAGUCAUGUGAAGCCAUACUAGGUUUUGUAUUAAAUUGAGUGCCUAAUAAUUGAAAUCGACGUCUUUUAUAUAUAUGUAUAAUCAAAUAAAUAAAAUUUUGGAUUUUAGUAUAUAUAAUUUGAUAUUAAAGAGAAAAAAAAGAAUAUAAUAAAGAAAGAAUUGAUUUGUACUUUAUGGUUGAAUUUUCCAUAUGAAGAUAGCCAGUUUAUAUUAUUUUGGGCAAAUAUUAUUUAAAUUUGAAAUAAAAUGGAAAUUAUAUAUAAUUUGAAAGAAAAUUAAUAAUUAUUACAAUUUAUUUACAUAUAUAUAAAAAUAAAAAUUUACAAUCAUAUGGGGUUGUGAAUGAAAAAAAUAUUUUCCAUAUAUAUUUACAUAAUAAUCUUUAUGUUUAAAACAUAUUGAAUAAAACUAUGUUUGAUGAUUGUACAACUAUUACAAAAAUGAAUAUUGAUAAAAAUAAAGAAGAUUAUGUUAUUCAUAAUGGUGAAUUAAAUCAAAAAUGUUAUAUUGCAUGGAGUCCUCCAAAAGAUAAAAAAAUUUCAUAUAAACAAAGAUAUGUAACAUGUAGUAGAUCAGUUCCACAUAAAAGUAAACAUUUUAUUAAAUAUAGAAUAAGCAGAUCUUUGAAUUUUGAUGGAAGUGCUUGUAAUUCCAGUUCAGAGAACAGUUCUUUUGAAGAAGAUAAACAUUUAUCUAGAUCUGCUAAAAUAAUGAGAGCUUUAAAUUUUAAUAGCAGUCCCUCUUAUUAUGGGAAAACAAAAAUUAGAAAAUCAUUGAAUUUCAAUUUAACUCCAAGUCCAAAAAGUUUUCGGUGCAUAAAAAAAGGUAUACGAAAAUCUGUGAGCCUUAACUUUAAUUCUCCUUUAUCUGCUUCUAGGAAAUUUUUAAAUCUUGAUGAUAAUCCUAAUAUUUCUGCAAAUAGUAGUUUAUUAUUUUCAUCUUCUGAUUCUAUUGAUGAAAAUCAAAAUGAAACACCCUCACAAUCAAGUACAAAAGAACAUGAAAUUCUACAUUAUUCUACACCUAAUACAAAGUCAACUAAAAAAUCAUUAUGUUCAGCAAGUUUUACACCAUUAUUAUGUAAUCAAUUAAAAGAAACUAUUGAUAAUAUUGUUUAUGUUAAUGCAACACCUAAUUCACAGUCAUUAAAACGCAUCAAAGGUAGAUCAAAAUAUACAAAUAAUAUUCCCAUGAAUACUUCAAGAAAUUUAUUUCAUGAAUUUCAUGAUAAUGAUGAAAGUAGAUCAUGUACACCUAAAAAUUUAGUCUGUAUAAUUCCAGAAAGCAUGAGUGCAAUUAAAAGAAGUCAUAAAAAGGAAAGAUCAUCAAGACGAAAUGAACGUUGCACAUCACAAUAUACAAAUAAUUUUGUAAAUGAUGAAACUAUACUUCAGGAUAAAAAUAAUCUUCUAUUAAUUCAACAUGGAAAAUAUAUUGAUCCAUUACAAGAUUCUAAAUCAGAUAUAAAUUCUAUAAAUCAAUCUAUUAAUGAGAAUAUUAAUGAAUUAAUAUUAAGUCAUUCUGAAGGUGAUAUGUCAGAUACUGGUUCACUUUUUGACUAUACCGAAGAAAAGCAAAAUAAUGUUUUAAAAGAAUCUAAAAUAUCAGAUUGGACAUUAAAUUACACUAAUGUCAUACCUAAAAUAGAUAAUUUUGAUGUUGAAGUAAAAUUAGAAAAGAAUAUGAAAUGUCUUUCAAAACUUGAAAAUGAAAAUGAAUUAUUUCAAAAUUUUAGCAAUAUUGAUGCAAAUAAUUUAUCUAAUCAAAAUAUCAAUGUAACAAAUGAUAUUAGAUCAGUAACUCCAGAAUCAGUAAAAGAAAUUGUAUCAGAAUCGCAAACAUCAGUUACUCCUGAGAAUUCUAUAAAUAUUUUACAAAAUAUUGUUAAAGAUUCUAUAAAAAAAUCUCAUAAAAAAAUUAAGGAUGAUAAUAAAAGAAAAUUAUUCAGUCCGAAAGUUUUACAAAAUAAACUUGAAACAACAGAAGAACAAGAAAAUAUAAAAUGUUGGAAAAAUUUUGAAAAUAUUGAAAAAAAUAUAAUAUCCAUUGAAACAAAUUAUCAUAAUACAUCAAAAGAGGAGCGAUCAUCUACUCCUGAAAAAGUGAACUCUAGUAGACUUUUAUUGUCACAAUUUAAUUCUGUUAAAAAAUCUCAUAAAAAGGAUAAACAUAAUAAAAUAUUAUCUGGAUUUUUAAAACGACAAGAAUAUUUUAAUAAAGAUAUGGAUUUAGAUAUUAAUAACAAAUAUAAAACAUUUAAUGUUGAUGAUACAUCUGAAUGUAAAUACAGAAUGGAAGAUUUUUCUUCAAAUUUGGAUGUUACAAAUAUCGGAGAUUCUUCUUUAAUUUCAUCUGAGAACUUAAAUAUAUCAUUGGAUAAAUUAUCUCCAAGUAAAAAACAGAAAUCACAAGAUCUAUCAUUGAAUUGUGAAAUGAAUAUGUUGUAUGAUUCUGAGUUACAAGAAUUGGAUACAUCUAAAGAAGAAUUUAAAAUUUUCACUCCCCUUAAAAGGAAAAGAUCAUCAAUUGCUUCUAUUGCUUGCAAAGAAUAUUUGUGUUUUUAUGAUUUAUCACCUGAAAAAAAUGAAUAUUCAGAAGAUGGUAAUAUUAGUUUUUCACGAUGUUUAACGCCAGUACCAAACUUUUCAAAUUUUUGCGCAAAAAUAAAAGAAAAUAAUAUUACAACAGUAAAACUCGAUAAUGAUAUUAACAAUGAAAAUACGAAAGAAGUAUAUGAUUCUGAUAAUGAUGUAACAGGCAGAUUGACUCCAAGAAAUAUGUCAACUACAGAAUUAUAUCCUAAUUUAGAUUCCAUUAAAAAAUCUCAUAAAAAAAAUAAACGUGGAAAUAUCUCAAGAAAAGAUUUCACUUUAAUCAGAAAUGACCAUUAUGUAAAUGAAAGACAUGAAACGUCUAUGGAAAAUAUUAUAAAUGAAACAGAUAAUCUAUCAGAUUUUUCGAAUGAUUUUGUUACUGUAGAUGAUGUAAUAAAUAAAUCAAUACAUGAAAAACCGAUUAGUAAUAAUACAGAAAUAAAAGAUUCGACAAAUCUUGUUGAUGAUAAUCAGAGUUGUCCAAAUAAUAAUUCGAAAAAUACAACUGUAACACCACCAAAUUGUUUAAAGACAAAAAGUUAUAUCAAAUUAUUAGGAGAAACUUCUAUUAAGCGAUCACAUAAAAAAGUUCGAGAUAAAAGGAAAGAAGAAUUAAUAAUUAAUACGAACGAAUUAUCAGACGAUGGAUCAAUAUUUGGUGAUGAAGAAAAUUUGAUUUUUACCGAAGAUAAAUCCAUGCGUGAUUAAUAAUAUCUAAGUUGAUAAAAUGAAUCACACAUUUUUAAAAAUAUCUUACCGGUAAGUGUAGUUGUAGCUUUUAUGAUUAAUAUGUAGCAUGUACAUCAAACAUUUGUCGAAUUUUUUGUAUAAAAAAUACUUGAAAUUUUUCCUGAAUUAUUCUUAAAGUAUAUCAAAUAAUGUUUUUAUUCUAUAAUAUGAUAUUUGUUCUAUAAAAUCAUUUUCCGAAUACUUAAUUUCUAAAAUAUAACAUUAUAAAAAUUGUAUUGUAUACAAUAACGAAACAAGUAUAUGUAAUUAGUUUAAUAUCUAUGUAUGUAUACUGGAAACAAUAUCGUCCUUAAGUUUCGUACGAUAUUUACUAACACUUACAUUAGAAAUAUAUUUAUUAGAAAUGCUUACGUUACACGUAAUCAUAUCUAUAUACUCUAUAUCACAAAAAUCUAUGAUAAUAUCAUAGAAUUGUGUUACAUUACACAUUGAAGAUAUAAAUUGAAAUCAAAUUGUAUUGACUCCAUAACAUAUUUGAAACUGAUUACUUUUUUGCUUUAUUUUAAUAUAAAGUCUGAUAAUAAUGUUAUGCAUCUUUAUUAUUACAUAUAUUUGUCCGAUAUGUUGUUACUAACAUUUAUAAAAUAAUGGAUUUAUAAUAACAUGGAAAUAAAUAGGAUUUUCUUUUUAAUUUUACUAGUUAUUUUCUAACGUUGUUCUAGUAUAAACUUUGUUUAUUUUAAUUAGAUCAUUUGUGCGAUUUAUUAAUUCAAAUAAAAAUAAUUUUGUAAAACGAUAUAUAUUAUUAAUGACUGAAAAACAGAGAUGUAAGAUGUAUUCAAUUUGUAUAUUAGAAUAGUUAUGUUACGAACUACAAGAUGAUUUAUUGAUUAAGUUAAAUACAUAUUAUUGAAUAGAAUUAAUAUUUACAUUUUUUUCUUUUUUUUUAAUUUCUAAUUUGUAUUUUCCUUUUUCUUUUCUAAGGUAUUUCUCAAUGCUUUAAAAUACGUAUAUUAUUCUUAAAAUAUGACAAUUAAUUUACUAGAUAAUACUUAUAAAAAUUUAAUUAAACUAUGGAAAAAUAAUAUUGAACAAACUUCAAAGAUAUUCAUCUUUGUGGCAAUAUGCGUGUGCAUUAUGAUAUUGUAUAAUAUGGGACACUAAUACAACGUAGAAAUCAAUGGUGCGAUUUUAAGCUACGUUGUCGUGCGUAAUUUUUACUUAUAUAAUUUUUCUUUUAGGGUCUUCCUCUUUAAAUCUAAUGUUGAAAAUAAUAUAGAAUAAUAAUAUUUGUACUCAAUGCGUCAAUUUUUACGUAAAUUAAUUGUAUAUGCGAUAUAUCCAUGAUAAAAAAAAAACAUUAGCUUAUUUCAAUAAGAAUGUAUUAAAUAUGUGUGAAAUCGGAUAUUGUUUUUAAUUAGUUAGCAUUCAAAUGUAAUUGUACAAAGUUUAUGGAACUAAAAAAAUGAAAGAAUCUCAUUCAAAUUAUAUUAUUAUUAAAUUUGAAAUAAAUGUAUAACAUAUAUAUAAUGAAUAAUUAAUUAAUGAAUAAAUAUUAGUUGAAUUGUACAUGUACUAUUAAAAUAAAAUUGAUUCUUUAUUAUAACAUUUAAAUUUUAUAUACAUACGAGUGAUUUUUGGAUGUAUAUGAAUUAAAAAUAAAUUGAAUUGUUAAUUUUUUACUAUUGGAAAAUCUGUGACAAUAAGUUGUUUUUUAUGAUAUAUAAUAUAAUAAACUUUAAUAGCAAUUUAUAUAAAUACAUAAAUUAUAUAUUAUCUAUAUCUAUAUUCUAUAAUGUAUGUUUUUUUUAAACUUCUCAAUGCUGAGUUAUUUCAUUACAAAAAGAUAAUUUCAAUGAAUGAAAUGGAAUGUUCCAUAAACUAUGACUUUUUAUGUUGAUCUCGCGUUUGUAAUUAAUUGUUUGAAUAUCACAUUAAGUUACAAAAAUAAUAAAUAAAUGAAUCGAUACAAAUUAGUAAUAAGCUUGUUUAUGAAAAUUUCGAAAAUUUUACUGUACAAUUGAUUUAUGUUCGAUGUUACAAACAGUUCGAUUGAUUACUGUUUUUAAAUAUAAUCAAUUUGUAGAAAUAUAUGUACUUUUGAUAAUUA